AUGGACAACACUGAUAAAGAUGAUGCGUCCUUUUCAGUGCCUACCGUUGCCACCCAGGCAGUACUAGUCAAGUCUACCUCUAUGCCUGAUAACGCUACAAUCAUUAAAGGUCCUGAUUUUAACCAAAACCAUUCUUUAAAUGACUUGCUCAAGAAUUACUCUCGUAUUGGUUUCCAGGCAACUAGUGUUGGUCAAGCUAUUAAUCGUAAUUGGCGUUUGUCUGAUGAUCCAAUUUUACCCGAUGAAUCCGAUGAUUACAAACUUCCGGCCGUUCGUUCUUCCACAAAAUGCAAGAUUUUUCUCGGUUAUACAUCGAAUCUUGUAUCAUCAGGACUCCGUGAAAUUUUCCGUUUUUUAGUUCAACAUUCUCUCGUGGACGUUGUCGUCACAACUGCUGGUGGUGUGGAAGAAGAUUUUAUAAAAUGCUUGGGUCCUACAUAUUUGGGUGAUUUCCAUUUACCCGGCGCCCAAUUAAGAAAACAAGGAAUAAAUCGGAUUGGAAAUUUACUAGUACCUAAUGAAAAUUAUUGCAAAUUUGAAGAUUGGGUUGUACCAAUUUUAGACCGUUUGUUAGAAGAGCAACAAAGCGAG